AUCACCACCACCCCCUUGGACAGACCCUCUAUUGAACCUCGCCGUGCACUGGUCCAAAUCAUUGGGAUCCAUCGUCUCCAAUUGACCUUUCUCAUCCAUCAAACCUUCAUUUCUCACAUACACACAUUAGCCGUCAUCACCAUGAGAGAAGUCAUCAGUUUGAACAUUGGCCAGGCUGGCUGUCAGAUUGCCAACUCCUGCUGGGAGCUUUACUGUCUGGAACAUGGCAUUCAGCCUGAUGGAUUCCUCACAGAAGAGCGCAAAGCCGCCGACCCUGACCAGGGAUUCAGCACCUUUUUCUCCGAGACUGGCAAUGGCAAAUACGUCCCUCGCACCAUCUACGCCGACUUGGAACCCAACGUCGUUGAUGAAGUCCGCACUGGUACCUAUCGUUCCUUGUUCCACCCGGAACAAAUGAUCACCGGAAAAGAGGAUGCUUCCAACAACUAUGCCCGCGGUCACUACACCGUUGGUAAGGAGCUCAUCGAUCAAGUCCUUGAUAAGGUGCGUCGUGUGGCCGACAACUGCAGUGGUCUCCAGGGUUUCCUGGUUUUCCACUCGUUCGGUGGCGGCACUGGUUCCGGAUUCGGGGCCUUGGUCAUGGAGCGCCUCUCCGUCGACUACGGCAAAAAGUGCAAGCUCGAAUUUGUCGUCUACCCGGCCCCUCAGAAUGCCACCUCAGUUGUUGAGCCCUACAAUUCGAUCUUGACCACCCACACCACCUUGGAGCAUUCUGACUGCAGUUUCAUGGUCGACAAUGAGGCCAUCUAUGACAUCUGUCGCCGCAACCUAGGAAUCGAACGACCCAACUACGAGAACCUGAACCGACUGAUUGCUCAAGUCGUUUCAUCCAUUACUGCCUCGCUCCGAUUCGAUGGCUCGCUCAACGUCGACCUGGCAGAAUUCCAGACCAAUCUCGUCCCAUACCCCCGAAUCCAUUUCCCCCUGGUCGCCUAUGCUCCGAUCAUCUCAGCAGCAAAGUCGCAGCAUGAAGCCAACUCAGUCCACGAGAUCUCUAUGGCCUGCUUUGAACCUAACAACCAGAUGGUCAAGUGUGACCCUCGCAAUGGCAAAUAUAUGGCCACUUGCCUGCUGUACCGAGGUGAUGUCGUGCCACACGAUGUCCACGGCGCAGUUGCAACACUCAAGACCAAACGCACUAUUCAAUUCGUGGAUUGGUGCCCUACCGGAUUCAAGAUUGGUAUCUGCUACCAACCCCCUCAGAUGGUGCCAAAUGGAGACCUCUCCAAAGUCAACCGUGCCGUGUGCAUGCUCUCCAACACCACAGCAAUUGCUGAAGCUUGGUCUGCUCUAUCUCACAAGUUUGAUCUCAUGUACUCAAAGCGUGCCUUUGUCCACUGGUACGUGGGUGAAGGUAUGGAAGAAGGAGAAUUCUCAGAAGCACGUGAAGAUCUUGCUGCGUUGGAGCGUGACUACGAGGAGGUGGCUAGCGAUUCUCUCGAGGAAGGCGAUGGCUCCGAGAUUGAACACUGAGCACAAGUAGUGACUGUCGUCUGGCACAGUCUGUUGAUCGGUUGUGAUAGACGGCUCUCAGGGUUGGAAGAGCCAUCGCAAGGUGCAUCGGAGCCAGGAUUGUUUAUCGUGUAAUUCAUCAAAUUGCUCAAGCGUACAUUCUCUCGAGGAAGCAAAGUCUGCAGAUGAGGCUCAAGCGAAAGGUCAUUCAGUCAUGCAUAAGAGCCUCUAAAGCAUUGCUCCAGUGAAGCCAUUCCACCUGACAGUUGUAGUCAGGUGCC